AUGUGCGCUGCCCCCGUGACCUACUGCAAGGACGUGCUGGCCAAGAGGGACAGCGUCAAGGCGGUGCUGACCAACGCGGGGCAGGCCAACGCGGCGACCGGGGCUCAGGGCUACGCGGACGCAGUGCAGUGCGCGUCGACGCUGGCCAGUGCCCUGGGGGUGACACCUGAUGACGUCCUCAUCAUGUCCACGGGUGUCAUCGGCCGCCGCUUGAAGAUGGACAACUUCAUCCCAGCCAUCCCUGAGCUGCUGCCCACCCUGGGCGCCAGCGCAGAUGACGCACACCGCUCCGCUGUCGCCAUCACAACCACCGACCUGGUGUCAAAGGAGGCGGCCCUGCGCGUGACCAUUGGGGGCGUCCCCGUCAGCGUGGGCGGCAUGUGCAAGGGCAGCGGCAUGAUCCACCCCAACAUGGCCACCAUGCUGGGGGUGGUCACCACGGACGCGGCCGUGGACACGGAGGUCUGGCGCGGCAUGCUGAGGCGCGCCACGGACGCCUCCUUCAACGCGAUCACGGUCGACGGUGACACCAGCACCAACGACACUGUCAUCGGCCUGGCCAGCGGGGCCGCGGGGGCGCCCAGGAUCUCAGACGCGGCCAGCCCUGACGGCCAGGCCCUGGAGGCGGCCGUCACAGCACUGCUGCAGGGGCUGGCCAAGGCCAUCGCGUGGGAUGGGGAGGGCGCCACCUGCCUCAUGGAGAUUGCGGUAUCGGGCGCGGCCAGUGAUGCGGAUGCGCGCGUGGUGGCCAAGAGCGUCGCGGGCUCCAGCCUGGCCAAGGCCGCCAUCUUCGGGGGGGACCCCAACUGGGGCCGCAUCGCAGCGGCCGCGGGAUACUCAGGUGUCCAGUUUGACCAGAACGAUCUGAGUGUGAGGCUGGGGGACAUCCCGCUCAUGGAGGCGGGCCAGCCGCUGCCCUUUGACAACGCGGUGAGGCAGCAGGCGGCAGGGUGUCCGCAGAAUCCAGACUGA